AUGCCUCCCAAGUCCGGAAAGAAGGCCGCCCCGGCCCCCUUCCCUGCCUCCAAGGCCGGCAAGAAGGCUCCCAAGAAUCCUCUCAUCGAGAAGAGGCCCCGUAACUUCGGUAUUGGCCAGGACAUCCAACCCCGACGAAACCUCUCCCGCAUGGUGAAGUGGCCCGAGUACAUCCGUCUCCAGCGCCAGAAGAAGAUCCUCAACCUGCGCCUGAAGGUGCCUCCCGCCAUCUCCCAGUUCCAGCACGUUCUCGACAAGAACACCGCUGCCCAGGCCUUCAAGCUGCUUAACAAGUACCGCCCCGAGACCAAGACCGAGAAGAAGGAGCGCCUGCUUAAGGAGGCUACCGCCAUCAAGGAGGGCAAGAAGAAGGAGGAUGUCAGCAAGAAGCCCUACGUUGCCAAGUACGGUCUGAACCACGUUGUUGGUCUGAUCGAGAACAAGAAGGCUUCCCUGGUCCUCAUCCCCAACGACGUUGACCCCAUUGAGCUGGUUAUCUUCCUGCCCGCUCUCUGCCGCAAGAUGGGCGUCCCAUACGCCAUCAUCAAGGGCAAGGCCAGACUCGGCACUGUCGUGCACAAGAAGACCGCUGCCGUCCUGGCCCUGACCGAGGUCCGAUCUGAGGACAAGAGCGAGCUGUCCAAGCUGGUGUCUGCCAUCAAGGACGGUUACCUGGCUGAGAGCGAGGGUGCUCGCAAACACUGGGGUGGCGGUAUCAUGGGCGCCAAGGCCCAGAAGAAGACCGAGAAGAAGAAGAAGGCUCUGGAGUCCGCCAUCAAGGUCUAA